CAUGAGGGUCACGCCCAGGCGUUCCAGUCAUCCCAUAAAUAUCGCUUAUUACGGCCGAUUUUCGAUCUAGCGCUUUAUGCUGUCCGCGUGCCGCUGUAAGAGAGAAUCUAUGUUAAGAACAGACGUGUCAAAAAUAUGGAGUUGCCCCACAGCAGUCUACUCUAACCUGAUCUUAGCACCAAGACUGAAUUUGACUAUGAAGUGCCCAACGUCCCGAAAAUUCCGAGACUUCCAGUUCCUUUGACAGCUAGUCCCGCUAUUCGCAGCUCUCUGUAAAAGUAGCAGUUUUUAUUGCCCUACGAUUUAGUUCUUGUUAUA